AUGAAAAAUUACAGAAACGUAAUUGACUCAAUUUAUUUCGCAAAAAACAUUAAGAUAUUGACCGGUUUUGCAGUUGUGACGAUGGAAUGUGAUUCCGAUAACCGUAUUUUUACCAAAUUCAGUUUACUAGGAUUUGUGACCUAUACAAUCUGGCUCGUUAUAUACUUCUAUGUAUCCUAUAUUUCCUUCUGCGAAGACCAGACUAUACUGCGUUCUCUGCAUAAUACACAGUUGAAACAUUACGGCGAUGUCUUUGAAAGGAUUGUUUCAAUAAUCUAUGCAAUUUAUGCCAUGUGGAAGGUACCUUUCAAUAUUUCACUAACUCAUGGAUAUAUUCAAGAAAUUAUUGAUGUUGACAGGGCCAUCGAAAAAAUUUACGUGCCUAUUGACCAUGGCAAAAGCGCUCGAGUAACGUUUUUUAAUGCGACUUUACAGAUAGUCGUAAGCGCAGCCCGACUUUUGACCGUGUGGAUCACGCUUAAGAAUGUGGAGACGCACAUACCUACCGAAGUUAUGGUGAGGGUGGCUUUUUAUGACGCUGUGGUCAUGGUCACAACCUCGCAUUACUACUUAUAUUUGAUUCUUCUAAAAGAUAGGUACAAUAUGAUUAAUAAGUUGCUAAGAGAUAUAAAAGAACGCAAGGCUUGGGAGUAUACUGUGUAUGUACGUAGUGAUGAACUUCAAGAUAAAUAUGUUUGUGAGAAAAUAAAGGCAUGCGCGAGGAUUUACGGCAUGCUAUAUAAUGCCCAUAGGACGGCUAAAUUAAUGUUCGGUUUUGCUCUAUUGUUGACCAUGCUUUUCUGUCUUCUGUACAUAAUCCUAUACUUGUUCUACUUUAUGGAGGCGACUGCAUCAGGUUUAUUCCAUGACACGCGAAGAUAUGUAUAUUUUUUGAUCUAUGUAUUUUGGCAAAUUGCUUAUUCGCUCGGUGUGAUAUACUUUUCGAUUUAUUUCAGCGAAGGAACCGUAAAAGAGGCGUCUGUCACUUCCUACAUAACCCACGAGAUUAUUAAUUAUCACCGGUCACCAGCUGUGAAGGCAGAGGUACGUGGAUGA